UUGUUUUCCUACAAACAUGACAAAACACUGUCCUUUUUUCUUUUCUGGCUUUCACGAUCGCAAAAAUUUGGAUCCAGCAAAUUAAAAUGGGUCUUGAAUGUCUGGUCCAUCAUCAGUUAUGAUUACAAAGAAAGUAACAGUAAAAGGGUCGUAGUGAUUAUACCUAUGGUGGCUUCACCUAACUGUCAAACCCUCUCCCAUGAACACAAGCAGACCAGUAGUUAUUACAGUCGAAUGCGCCUAUAAGGCAAACUCUUCUUUCUGAUAUUCAGUCGUCAGCACCUUGUUCUUCUUCAUCUUGGCGUCUGUGUGUAUACUGAUUGAUAAUUAAAAGAGUAGUAUGUCGAGCGGAGGAGAGAUUUUAAUACUCCCGGCUUUUGGGCAAGGCCAUUUAUUUCCAUGUAUGGAACUGUGUCAGCUGAUAGCUUCUCGCAAUUACAAAGCCACCCUUGUCAUCUUCUCCACUCUCUCUUCCUCUGUUCCCUCUUCUUUUCGUCAACUGCCACUCGUCGAAGUAGUUGACAUCCCUUCUCCCACAGGACCCCAACAGCUACCUGUGCCUAUGCACCCUGACAGUCGCAACCAAAUGCAUCUGUCUCUUGAAAAUCUUCUCUCUUCCCGACCCAACAAACCCCUUUCUGCUAUCGUUGAUGUUCUUGUUGUUAUUAGUUGGUCGGCUCAUAUUUUCCACAUAUUUGAUGUUCCAACAAUUGGCUUCUUCACUUCGGGCGCAUGCUCAGCAGCCAUGGAGUAUGCUACAUGGAAGGCCCAUCCUCAAGAUAUUGAUUUCCUCCCACUCCCUGGUUUACCCCAUGAUAUGGCUCUAACCGUCUCCGAUCUUAAACGCCGGCCAUCUUCUCAACCUCCUAAAGACAAGAAGAAGACAGGCCUACCUGGGCCCGGUGAUCAGCCACCUUGGGUUAAUGAUACGCAGGCUUCCAUUGCCUUGAUGAUCAACACGUGCGAUGAUCUUGAGCGUCCAUUCCUUAAUUACAUAUCUAAUGAAGUUAAAAAGCCAGUUUGGGGCGUGGGCCCACUUUUCCCCGAGGAGUACUGGAAGUCAGCUGGUUCCCUGGUUCAUGAUAGUCAAAUCAGAACAAAUAGAUCGGCUAACAUAACCGAGGAAGGUGUGAUCCAAUGGCUAGAUUCAAAGCCACGUGGCUCAGUGCUUUACGUGUCAUUUGGUAGUUCAGUGGACCUCACUAAAGAGGAAUAUCCACAAUUGGCGGAAGCAUUAGAGGCCUCAACCCAUCCAUUCAUAUGGGUGCUUCGAGAAAAUGCGGGUCGGGGACGAGACCCAAAUGAAGAAGGAUACGCCUACCCAGAUGGAAUGAGUGAGAGAGUGGGUGAAAGGGGAUUGAUAAUAAGAGGAUGGGCACCACAGUUGCUGAUACUGAGCCAUCCCUCAACAGGUGGGUUUUUAUCACACAUGGGUUGGAAUUCUACAAUGGAGGGAAUAGGACGUGGGGUGCCAUUUUUAGCAUGGCCAUUGAGGGGUGACCAAUACUAUGAUGCCAAAUUGGUAGUGAGCCAUCUUAAGUUGGGGUAUAAUGUGUCAGAUGAUUUAUCAGUGAUGGUGAGAAAAGAUGUGAUUGUGGAGGGAAUAGAUAAACUGAUGGGAGAUGAGGAAAUGAAGAAAAGAGCCAAGGCAUUUGGUGCUAAAUUUGGAUAUGGAUUUCCACUUUCUUCAGCGGCUGCACUCGAUGCCUUUAUUAACUUAGUUAAAUAAAUAUGUAUGUAAAUUAUUUCUCAAUUACUAUAUAAUGGGCUCUUUCGGUUUUCUUUAUUUAA